AUGCAAAAGGCAAUGAAAAGCGCAGAAUAUAUAAAAGCUAAUAAUGACUGGUUAGAUGCCCAAGCCAACGCCAAAGCAGCCCAACUUAUAGGGUCAAUAAGGACAAAAAUACAAGCGGAUGAAGACAGUUCAAAUGAAGCUUUAAUGAAUGCUGACUUUAAGAACGCCUUCGAAGCUCUUCAUAGUAAGGUGAAACUAGUGAACGACUUCUCAUCUGGAAAGAAACUGAAGUCUGAAGGUUUCGACAAAGAGUUAAGAGAAGUAGCACAAAAUAUGACGAAAAUAACAGAUGCAGCAACGAGACAGGCAGUUCAAAGUGCCUAUGACGCCGUUAGAGCAACUGUUGUGGAAAGUCAAGAAAAAGAGUUACAACAGACCAAAACAGACCUAGUAAAUGCUUUCUUAAGAACGAAAAGUCAGGUAGGACAUUAUGCUGCAGAUGGAACAUAUGUGCCAGCUGGUGGAACUUAUAUACCACCAAACCCUCCAAGAGAAGCACCUGCACCAGGACUACCUAAAACAUUUACAUCGUCACAUGGACACAGACACAGGCAUGCACCAAAACCAACAGUUCAAAACACUGCACCACAACCAACAGUUCAAAAUCCAGCACCACAACCAACAGUUCAAAAUCCAGCACCACAACCAACAGUUCAAAACCCUGCACAACAACAACCACAAACAGAGCAAGGACAUAAAAGAAGUAGAGAACAAGGAAACCAA